CUCUUCAAGUAUUGAGAUUAGAAAAAUAGAAAGAGGUGUUAUCCCUCUCUUUUGAGCGUGACAUUAAUCAUGUCCUAAUAGAGCAGUUUUUCAUCUUCUUCUUCUCUAGUACUCCCAUUGUACUCUGAUUUUAUUCCUGUAACGACAUUGGAGAAGGAGGAGGUUGCUGCUUCUCCAACGGACCAUGUAUAGAGGCAUACUCUGUCACACUUAAAAGUUGUAUGAGAUAAUACUUUUAUGAACUAAGUCAUGAUUGUAAUCUCUAAGUUAUAAGAAUUGUUCGUUCUGAAAAAAUUAGUUAUGUUGUUGUAGUUAUUUCUGAUAGGGUUUGGAUUUGUGGUAACUUCGUUAUAUUCUUGUUCCUCUAUUUAAGCUGUAUAAUUUUUUAUGGUUCGAAUAUUGUGGUAAUUAUUAUUCUUGAAACCAAAUUGAUAGUGAAGUUAGAUAUCAUGAUGGUUAGGGUUUGAGUAACUUGGAGUUUGUAAGAUUGCCACUAGUAGUGGAUUUUAAAUUCUUUUGUGUAGAUGGCUACAUUACAUAUCACUUUGGAGAUAUAUCACAUAGAAAAAUUUGAGAGAACAAAAGAUGGAAAAACUAUGUAUGUAGUGGAGAGAACAAAAGAGGCAGCCUUGGAUGCUGCAGCAGCUGAAUUUGAGGCAUCUCUGGGUACCGAAACCCAACCACAGGCCACUAUCACAUUGAAUCCAUCUCCUAAGAUGCCGCAUACACUGCAAGUGCCACCACACAUUAGGCCACCAACCACAAAAAAUAAAGAGAACAAAGAGAUCCACCAAGAGGCCUCUUCCAUCACAAGUUCAGACCCCUGUGCCUCAGGUUCCAACUUUGAACACUCUCAGCAGUCAUUCAAUGCAUCUGUUAAGCCACCCACCGUGUCCCCAUAUACAAUGCAAGGAGCCAGUGCAGGCAUAACUUCUAGGUUCGCACAGUUUAUGCCAACACCAAGAUCAUCCAGUUCUUGGAUUCAGACCACCCAGACCAUCUACUACUAUGCAAAGCACAGCCUAUGGAUUAUCCAGUGGGAGCAACAACUCAACACUAAAUUAAAAAAAAAUUAACAGUCUUUAUAUUUUUUGGAAUCUAUAUGUAUGUAAUUUAGCUCAAAACUUUACUGCUAAGGAUCAGUUAUGUUUACUAUUUUUAUUUUGGAUUAUCAUGUCAU